AUGUAUGACCAUUUAAUGUAUAGGAUGGCAAUAUUUGUUUUGAAAGUGAGUGCUACAAUGGCUAUCUAUGACGUCGUGCAGCUUGUGAGGGCUGAUGUCUCCACAAUUGCACUGGGAAUUUCAGCAUCAACAGCUUCCAUAAUCCUGGGUGGUGGCACCAAAGGCAAGCGCUUUGCAAUGCCAAAUGCACGAAUAAUGGUGCACCAACCACUUGGAGGUGCAAGUGGGCAAGCAAUAGAUGUGGAAAUUCAAGCCCGUGAAGUUAUGCAUAACAAGAAUAAUGUCACGAGCAUCAUAUCGAGUUUCACUGGUCGCUCUUUUGAACAAGUUCAGAAAGACAUUGACAGAGAUCGUUACAUGUCUCCUAUAGAAGCAGUUGAAUAUGGCAUCAUUGACGGGGUUAUUGAUAGAGAUAGCAUUAUUCCCCUUGAGCCUGUGCCUGAAAGGGUGAAAUCUUCACUGAGUUAUGAGGAAAUAAGCAAAGACCCGAGGAAAUUCUUGACACCAGACAUCCCUGAUGAUGAGAUAUAUUAGCUGGUGCAAUUCAUACAGGUACACGGUUUUGCAGUUUAUCUUCGGCAUGCAGGGUGCCUAGUGGUUAGAAUUGGAAUUUGUGAAAUUGGAGCGAGAAUGCCAUUCUCAUUUCAAUUGUGAUAUUGAUUGCUGUGAUCUUUUACUAAUGAUAUGAGCUUAUGAAUGAACUUGGAGUUGACAAUGAUGACUCUGCGUUCAAUAUUGCAUCUGUUAACCCAGAUUGUUUACUUCUGUAAUGUUUGACUCGGAGUUAACUUGCCUACCUUUAAGGAAGAUUGACAGUAGCAAAAACCAAAGUGUAACAUAAACUAUAAUGUACUACGUCAUUAACCUUAUUGUACAUCUAUUUCUAGGGACCAAAGAAGAGUUGGAAAAUCACAAAUCAGACUUUGUAAACUGGGUUUAUGUUCAUAGCAUCAG